AUGCCACGGCUUCGUCCAUCACUGCUGUGGAAAGCAUGUCGAAUAUCUCCGAAUUUGGCGAGGCUUCUCCCGGUAUGCAGAGACAUUCCCUCUGCGCUGAAUGAGCUACGAUGGAUCCGUGAACAUGUCCAAUCUUUACCUGCGCCAAACAACGUCCGGUAUCAUGAUCGACAACAUCGUGACACUCUGGCCAGGCAACUCUGUAUACGCCGAGGCCUUGGCGAGCCUUUACAGUUUUUGCUGGGCACGCAGCCCUUUGGAGACUUGGACAUACUAUGCAGGCCUGGCGUGUUGAUUCCUAGACCAGAAACCGAGGCCUAUACAAUCCACCUGGCAGAUUGCAUCCGCUCAGGAGGAUUGCCCGCCCUAGGAUCUUCUCAUGACAUUAUUGAUCGCGGCGGGCUUCGCAUUCUCGAUAUCUGCACCGGCAGCGGAUGCAUACCUCUCCUGUUGGGGGCUCGUCUGGCUCGACGUGGGCUGGUGAGCGAGGUCCGUGGCGUCGACAUCUCACCCAAGGCCCUACGCCUAUCCCGAGAUAACACCACCCGCAACAGGGAACUCCUGCGAAAUUGCGAGCCGAAGUUCCAGAAGCUGGACCUGUUUGCCACCGAAGAUGCUUACACUGCAAGCAGCCUCGCUGAGGACGGCAGCUGGGACGUGGUGACUUGCAACCCGCCGUACAUAUCCGACGCUGGCUUUGCGCGCGACACGACCAGAUCCGUGAGGAACUUUGAGCCAAAGAACGCCAACGUCCCCGAGGAGCGGGACCUCGGCGGCUUGUACGACGCGGUCAGGCCCGAGGACGUCUUCUAUGCGCGGGUUCUGGACAUGUGUCGAGAGUAUCUGCGACCUCGGGUGGUUUUCUUCGAGGUUGGCGACUUGGAACAGGCGAAAAGGGUCGCUACCAUGGCUUUACAGGAUCAUGUCCAGGUUGAGAUCUGGCGUGACCUGCCUGAUGUUAUCCCCGAUAGUGAUGACGAUGGAUUGGCUAGUAUGAGCAUUGAUGGGGUGACCGUGGCCAUCAAGGGGAGUGGUCAUGGUAGAGGUGUGCUGAUCCAGUAUCCUGGUGAAGCUGGCCGACAAAGACAUAGCUGA